UCCGAACCUUACAGACUUACAACUGUUCCAACUUGCAAACAUGAAGUGGCAACGCAACUCCUCCCUACUCUUGCUUCCCUUGAUAGUGUCUCAACCGACUACCGCAUUAUACCAACCUCUUGUUCCCGCUAGUAGUGCUUCUCAUGCACUAGUGGUCCGCGACUCCCCAAAGAUCGUCGAAAGAAAAAUUAUUACUUGUUCCGCUACGAAGCUUGUAUCUUUUGCGGGAACAAUUUCUCUUGCUAUCGGGGUAUGCAUAGAGGCUUACUUCAUCGGCGCCGUUACUUGGCCAGUAUUCAUUGCGGCCUGGCUAGUCUGCGGUGGUCUGAUCGCCGAGAUCCCUGACGAUAUCUACGAAUGUUUUGGGAAGAAGAAGCCGGGUGCUGAGGUUUUCGAGGGGCUGAGCGAGAAAGAAGCGCACGAUUUUGUGCUCAGCCUGUAAGGGUAGAGAAGUGCUUAUUGGUAAUCAUUGGACUAUCUGCAUGAUCGCCACAAGCGAUUGCGAUUGCCGGUUACAAUCGCGAUCUCUGCUUAUAGCUUUAUAGCAGCUAGUCUGAUCUGAGUGAACGUCAGGCUUGAUGAUUGUGUGUUUUGCUUCCGAUGCUAUUGAUAGGCCAAUUAUUCAACAUAGACGGUAUCACAAAGCUCUCCACUCUUA